AUGACGUCUUUAAACUUAGACUUUAGCGUGCUCGACCGGCCGGUUCGUAAAGAGGCGGACGAGUUGACUUCGACUUUGGAAAACGACGUCCUGUGCGGCAUCAACACGCACGAUCAGUACUUCACGAUACCUCGAGUGGAAGACUUCUCUCGCUUCCAGAAAGACGUCGUCGAACACGUGAAACCACAACACGGGACGACGACUUUAGGCUUUAUAUUUGAACACGGAAUUAUCAUCGCGGUGGAUUCUCGCGCGUCGCAAGGACCGUACAUCAGUUCACAAACGGUGAAAAAAGUCAUCGAGAUCAACCCUUUUUUACUCGGGACGAUGGCUGGAGGCGCGGCGGAUUGUCAGUUUUGGCAGAGGAACUUAGGGAUUCAGUGUCGGUUACACGAACUUGAGACUGGGAAGAGGAUUACCGUGACUGGUGCGUCGAAGUUGUUGGCAAAUACUUUGUACGGGUAUCGCGGACGCGGAUUAUCGAUGGGGACGAUGGUCGCCGGUUGGGAUACGACCGGACCGGGAUUGUUUUACGUGGACUCGGAUGGAACGAGAUUAAAAGGAAAGAGGUUUUCAGUUGGUUCGGGGUCGUUGUUCGCGUAUGGUGUUUUGGAUCAAGGUUUUAGACACGAUUUGAGCAUAAAAGAAGCGGCGGAGUUGGGGAGAAGGGCGAUUUACCACGCGACGUUCCGAGACGCCUUUUCGGGAGGGACGGUGAGCGUGUAUCACGUUGGACCGGACGGAUGGACGAAGAUGAGCGGGACGGAUGUAGGAGAGUUGCAUUACGAGUACUAUCCGGCGGACGCGGUCGAAAAUCCAGAAAGACACGGUGGGGGCGAAGGGGACAUUUUUGUGCCCAAGAAGAGAGAGCACGAGCAAAACAGAGAGGACGGAGAAAAGAAGAAGGAUUCGUCGCCAGAGGCUAUGGAGACGUAA